AUCAGACAACUGUCCUUCUCACUCUGACUCGGUCUCCUGAGAUACCAGUUAGUGUGUGUAUCGGGGCUCCAUGAGUUCUAACACUUAAAAUGAAAAAGAAAAGGUUGUCUUGUAGCCGGUAAUUUGUUGCGUUACAGGUUCUACCAGCUCUUUUUUUAAGAACUUCAUUUUGCAUUUCUUCUUGUUUGUUCUGGACUGGACAGACUUGGCUGUAGAAUAUUAUAAAGAAACGUUAAGGAAGGGUUACCAGAUAAAGUACAGGGAUUUUCUCUUUAAUAUUGGGGUCUAUGGACAUGCAGGAUCUAGCCAGUCCUCACAGCCGUGAAUCCCCUAAUGGUCCCAGCCUCGACAACUCCCAUAUCAAUACCAAUUCCAUGACCUCCAAUGGCACUGAAGGUGAUAACAUCACAAUGCUCACCACAGCUGACUGGUUGUUAAGCACUAGCUCACAGUCGGCUGCAGAACCAAUGAGCAGCAGUGACAUCACCGCCCCAGUAGCCGACGCCUCCCUAGACAGCUUCUCAGGAUCAGUUAUUGGAACCAGUGGCUUCAGCCCAAGACAAACACACCAGUUCUCCUCACAGAUUUACCCUUCCAACAGACCGUAUCCACAUAUUCUCCCUACUCCUUCAUCCCAAAAUAUGUCUGCGUACGGUCAGACACAGUACACCACAGGAAUGCAGCAGGCCGCAGCCUAUGCUAGCUACCCCCAGCCUGGACAACCCUACGGGAUACCUGCCUAUGGCAUAAAGACAGAGGGGGGACUGAGCCAGUCCCAAUCCCCAGGACAGACAGGCUUCCUCAGCUACAGCUCUGGUUUCAGCACACCUCAGACGGGCCAGGCUCCAUACAGCUAUCAGAUGCCAGGUGGCACGUUCACAACCACGUCAGGAUUGUACGCAGGAAGCAACUCCCUCACGAACUCAACCGGCUUCAACAGUACACAGCAGGACUACCCGAGCUACCCAGCGUUCGGCCAGGGCCAGUACGCCCAGUAUUACAACAGUUCUCCCUACACCUCCCCCUAUAUGACCAGCAACAACACCAGUCCCACCACCCCCUCCACCACAGCCACCUACACCCUCCAGGAGCCCCCCAGCGCCCUGACCAGCCAGGCCCUCACGGACCCCCCAGCAGGUAGGCCCCAGGCCCCCCAGGCCACCCACCCUCCAUCCCCAGGAUCAGACGGCUCUGGAGGGGGUGGCUAUGAUGCCAGGGCCACUCAUUAUGUCGAGUACAGUACCAUCCACAGUCCUUCAACGCCCAUUAAAGAUUCAGAAUCGGAUCGAUUGCGGCGUGCCUCGGAUGGAAAGUCACGUGGCCGAGGGAGAAGGAACAACAACCCUUCACCACCGCCUGACUCUGACCUUGAGAGAGUGUUCAUCUGGGACCUGGAUGAGACAAUCAUCGUUUUCCAUUCCUUGCUCACAGGGUCUUACGCUAACAGAUACGGCCGGGAUCCUCCGACGUCUGUGUCACUGGGACUGAGGAUGGAGGAGAUGAUCUUUAACUUGGCAGACUCUCACUUAUUCUUCAACGACUUGGAGGAGUGUGACCAGGUUCACAUCGAUGACGUCUCAUCUGAUGACAACGGUCAGGAUCUGAGUACAUAUAACUUUGGUUCGGAUGGGUUCCACGCGGCAGCGACCAGUGCCAACCUGUGCCUGGCCACGGGCGUGAGAGGAGGAGUGGACUGGAUGAGAAAACUGGCCUUCCGCUACAGACGAGUAAAAGAAAUCUACACCACCUACAAAAAUAACGUUGGAGGUCUGCUGGGCCCAGCCAAACGAGAAGCCUGGUUACAAUUGAGAGCAGAAAUUGAAGCUUUGACUGACUCCUGGUUAACACUGGCACUGAAAGCACUCACAUUAAUCCACUCAAGGUCAAACUGUGUGAAUAUCCUGGUGACCACCACCCAGCUCAUACCUGCCCUGGCUAAAGUCCUGCUGUACGGACUGGGGAUAGUGUUUCCAAUUGACAAUAUUUAUAGUGCUACCAAAAUAGGGAAGGAGAGCUGUUUUGAGAGGGUAAUUCAGAGAUUCGGGAGGAAAGUUGUUUACGUUGUCGUGGGUGACGGAGUGGAAGAGGAGCAAGGCUCAAAAAAGCACAACAUGCCGUUCUGGAGAAUCUCCAGCCACUCUGACCUCAUGGCCCUCCACCAUGCUCUGGACCUAGAGUACUUGUAGCUACCGCCUGGCACUACACCUCCCAGCCCCGAAACUGGCCCCUACCGGCCCCUACACCUACUGGCCCCUACCGGUCUCUACAUCAACCUGCUGGCCCCUACAUCAACCUGCUGGCCCCUACCAGUCUCUACAUCAACCUACUGGCCCCUACAUCAACCUACUGGCCCCUACAUCGACCUACUGGCCCCUACCAGUCUCUACAUCAACCUACUGGCCCCUACCGGUCCCUACAUCAACCUGCUGGCCCCUACCGGUCUCUACAUCAACCUACUGGCCCCUACAUCAACCUGCUGGCCCCUACCGGUCUCUACAUCAACCUACUGGCCCCUACAUCAACCUACUGGCCCCUAACGGUCUCUACAUCAACCUGCUGGCCCCUACCAGUCCCUACAUCAACCUGCUGGCCCCUAGCAGUCUCUACAUCAACCUGCUGGCCCCUACCAGUCCCUGAAUCAACCUACUGGUCCCUACCGGUCCCUACAUCAACCUGCUGGCCCCUACCAGUCCCUACAUAAACCGGCUGGCCCCUACCAGUCCCUACAUCAAUCUACUGGCCCCUACAUCAACCUACUGGCUCCUACCGGUCUAUACAUCAACCUGCUGGCCCCUACCGGUCUCUACAUCAACCUGCUGGCCCCUACCAGUCCCUACAUCAAUCUACUGGCCCCUACAUCAACCUACUGGCCCCUACCGGUCUAUACAUCAACCUGUUGGCCCGACCGGUCUCUACAUCAACCUGCUGGCCCCUACCAGUGCCUACAUCAAUCUACCAGCCCCUACAUCAACCUACUGGCCCCUACAUCAACCUACCGACCCAUACAUCAACCUGCUGGCCCCUACCGGUCUCUACAUAAACCUGCUGGCCCCUACCGGUCUCUACAUCAAUCUGCUGGCCCCUUCCGGUCUCUACAUCAACCUACUGGCCCCUACCUCAACCUACCGACCCCUACAUCAACCUGCUGGCCCCUACCGGCCCCUACAUCAACCUGCUGGCCCCUACCGGUCUCUACAUCAACCUGCUGGCCCCUACGGGUCUCUACAUCAACCUACUGGCCCCUACCUCAACCUACCGACCCCUACAUCAACCUGCUGGCCCCUACCGGCCCCUACAUCAACCUGCUGGCCCCUACCGGUCUAUACAUCAACCUGCUGGCCCCUACCGGUCUCUACAUCAACCUACUGGCCCCUUCCGGCCCCUACACCUACUGGCCCCUACCGGUCUCUACAUCAACCUACUGGCCCCUACAUACCCGCUGGCCCCUACCGGCCCCUACAUCAACCUACUGGCCCCUAUCUGCCCCUAAAUCAACUACUGGCCCCUACCGGUCCCUACACAACUACCACCUACCUACCCUACACAGCUACCACCAACCUACCUUACUCAGCUACCACCUACCUACUCUACACAGCUACCACCUACCUACCCUACACAACUACCACCUACCUGCUCUACACAGCUACCACCUACCUACUCUACACAGCUACCACCUCCACCUACCUACUCUACACAGCUACAACCUACCACCUACCUAUCUUACACAGCUACCACCUGGGCCCUUCCGGCCUCAAAAUGCUUCUAUACCUACCUGACCCAAGCCCUCCACAUAUCUUAACCACUCUACCAGGCCCUACUUCUCCACUUCACACUGCAACCUUUCAACUUUCACCAGCGCCACUUCAGUCCCCACACCUAGUGACCCCCUCCAGCCCAGAAUAGGCCCCCUGUGACGCCUGCUUGCCUUCCGCGUGUCCUCCUCUUCCUCCCUCCUGUCAUGUCUUCCUCUUCCUCUCUCCUGGCGUGUCCUCCUCUUCCUCUCUCCUGGCGUGUCCUCCUCUUCCCCUCGCCUGUCAUGUCCUCCUCUUCCUCUCUCCUGGCGUGUCCUCCUCUUCCCCCCCCCUGUCAUGUCCUCCUCUUCCUCUCUCCUGGCGUGUCCUCCUCUUCCUCUCUCCUGGCGUGUCCUCCCCAACCUACCACUAGAGAGAAGAAAAUAAGCUUAAAGAAAAGAGAAACUGAGCAGUGACACCGUGUUGACACCGGGUUGACACCGUGUUGACAUGCGGCCACAAUUCGUCUUAAUAAUGAACUGUUUUAUUGUUUUGUUGUUCUGAUGUAGAGGAGUGGAGAAGAGUGAAUAAUUCACGGCGUUGCAGCUGCUUGCUGUGGUUACUGUGAAUUGGCUGCGGCUUUCUGAAGCCGUCAAAGUGUUUUAUGGCCCCGUCUAUCUGUCUGUCUGUCCCUCUUGGCCGGGAGUCUGACACUAACGACUAACGCUGAAGCCUGGAGUUGCCUGGACUGACCGGGUCACAGAGCUCAGCUACACUACAAGUCGCACCAAACCCCCCGACUGAGGGCGACAACAAACUCUCCAUCGAAAUCUCUCGUUUUUUCUGAUUCUCUCUCUUUUUCUGUAUCACGCUUUCAUUCUCUCUCUCUCUCUCUCUCUCUCUCUCUCUCUCUCUCUCUCUCUCUCUCUCCCCCUCUCUCUCUCUUUCUCUUUCUCCCACUCUCUCCGUGGUAUAUAGAGACAGAGGGACCCUUGUUGUUCUAACUUGUCUGGAUUGGCCUCAGCCUGGGAGACCUGUCUGGCUUGGCCUCAGCCUGGGAGUCCUGUCUGGCUUGGCCUCAGCCUGGGAGUCCUGUCUGGCUUGGCCUCAGCCUGGGAGUCCUGUCUGGCUUGGCCUCAGACUGGGAGUCCUGUCUGGCUUGGCCUCAUUCUGGGAGUCCUGUCUGGCUUGGCCUCAGCCUGGGAGUCCUGUCUGGCUUGGCCUCAGCCUGGGAGUCCUGUCUGGCUUGGUCUCAGCCUGGGAGUCCUGUCUGGCUUGGCCUCAGCCUGGGAGUCCUGUCUGGCUUGGCCUCAGCCUGAGAGUCCUUAAUAAGUGCUUCUUAUUAUUUAUGAACUGAGACUUUGUGAGUCUAUACCACACCAAGAUGAACGAGGAGGAAGACCAUCCACACUAUACCACACCAAGACGAAGGAGGAGGAAGACCAUCCACACUAUACCACACCAAGACGAAGGAGGAGGAAGACCAUCCACACUAUACCACACCAAGACGAAGGAGGAGGAAGACCAUCCACACUAUACCACACCAAGACGAAGGAGGAGGAAGACCAUCCACACUAUACCACACCAAGACGAAGGAGGAGGAAGACCAUCCACACUAUACCACACCAAGACGAACGAGGAGGAAGACCAUCCACACUAUACCACACCAAGACGAAGGAGGAGGAAGACCAUCCACACUAUACCACACCAAGACGAAGGAGGACGAAGACCAUCCACACUAUACCACACCAAGACGAAGGAGGACGAAGACCAUCCACA